GAGCUAGAGAUGACAGAAUUAAGCCUUUUCUGUCUGUGUGUCUGGUUUUUGCCGGUAACCUCGAGGCACCUUUUCCCUUGCAGUUGCUCAAUUAGAUAAGACAUUGAGAAAUAGUUGUUUUGCGGCUUAUGGGGAUGGAAGAGAAGCAUUUUAACAGGGAAGCUGAAAUAAGUCUGAGGGACUGGAGACCUGUGUGUGGUGUGAGAUAGCAGGGCAGCAGCAUUCAUGUCUGAGAGCCACAAGGUUUCUCAGUUGGCCUUACUUUCUUUUCCAGAGACAUUGUGGGCUUUAGGGAGACGGAGAGUAGUGAGAUGAUGCUGUGGGCUCUCCCUGACUUCUUGCAGAGACUCCCUCCUCCCUCAACACUCCCUUCAUUGAAAAAAAUAGACAAUUGUCUAUGGACACAAAUAAGUCUGGAUUGCACACAAACGGGAACACAAUUUUGCAUUAAGAUUAUUUUUUUUUUAAUGCUCUCUAAGGACUGGCAGAGGAAUGCUUCAUAUUUAAGCCACCACCUAAGCCAGCGCUUCCACCUCCUAGAGCCCGUCACUGUCUGCGAGGCAGCUGGUCAGCUUACGGCAGGACACGCGUCCACCCGCCACGGGCAUCCUGGGUCUGAAUGAGCAUCGCGGUGGGGACGCAUGAGUGUGAAGAGAAGGGGGAUUGCCCUGUGCCACUCACCACAGGGGACCGGUUUUAUGGAUCUGUUGCAUUUGGGGCUGCCAAUCUAGGCAAUUCAGAUUUGUUUAUAAAAUAUGUUUGAAAGCUGAAAAUAAAUAAAAAUUAUUCAACCCUACAAGGGGAGGAUUAAGUAAAACAGGGACAAGUGAAAAGGAGAAAGAACCAUAAAAUUGAAAAAAAUAACAAGAAAUAUUGACUGAUCACUUGGAUAUUUGUUUGCAAAUUACAAAAAAAAGUACUAUGUGCUUCGUAGCCAAAAAAAAGAAAAGGAAAAAAAAAAAAAAGAACAAGACAAACUGCUGGUAACAUUGAUCAUCUUUGCUAAAUGACAAAUCAUUCUUCCCGGUUAUCUUAAAAAAUCUCUCUGUAGCAAAACUCCCAUGGUCAAAUUGUCUUUUGAGCCCAACUUCCAUGGGAUUAGCAGACAGCUGAAACGUGACUAUCCCAGUGCUGUAGUUCUUAGUACUGAUGACUUCUUUAUCGAAAAUGGCGUAUACAUGUUUGAGCCUGACUUCCUAGAGGAUGCACACAAAUGGAACCAAAAGAGAGCACACAAGGCAAUGAAGAAUGGGAAAAGCCCCAUCAUUAUUGAUAAUACCAACAUCCAUGCUUGGGAGAUGAAGCCGUACGUGCUGAUGGCACGUGAAAAUGGAUAUGAAGUUAUAUUCCAAGAACCAGAUACGCCCUGGAAGUUCAAUGUUCAAGAACUGACAAGAAGGAAUAUUCAUCACGUCCCUCGACAAAAGAUACAACGGAUGAAAGAACAAUAUGAGCACAAUGUUACCUUCCACAGUGUUCUUCGGGCUGAAAAACCAAGCAGAGAUGAGAGAAGCUCCAGUGGACCAAAUGCAGCUUAUGGCAUGGGUGCCCAUUCCAACCGCCCUCCAGCCUUCUCAAACAGAAGACUUCAGGUAGCACGUACAAACAACAUGCCAUUUAACUGAAGAGGUGGAUUCCUCAGUGUAUAUUUUAAUGAUCAGGGUAUAAAAGUCUCUAGUUUUACAUUUUUUCUAAACUUUUUUAUUCUUGUAUUUUUCUACUACAUUUUUAAAUUACUGUUUUCUUAGAAAUCUUUAAAUGUCACUGGAUUAUGAUCUCACAGCUCUACAUGACUAAUCUAAGAACACUAUCCCCAGUACAAACUGUACUCCCUCUCAUCUGUCUUCCUCCACAAAAAUCCAUUCAAGCUUACAGUGAAAUUUACUGGCUGUAACACACUUUUUGGUUGUUUGGUUUUUUUUUCCUGCAUCGCGCUCUGUCGCUAAUAGAUAAAAUAUUCCUAAAUUCUUUCUUUCUUACGGGCCAUGUGGCCAAUUCCUUCUCCAUGCAGUUGUCAUUUCUUGCCAUUUUAAUACUUUAUAUCUGGCUGUAUAACCUUUUGUAUCAUCUUGCCUAGAGCAUUACUGCUAGCUUUAAGAGAGGCAAAGUGAAUGGUGGAAAAGGGAGCUCUAACAGAUUGUAGGAAGGUGCGAUGCUGUUCCUUAUCUACAUGUCUGCUGUCUGGAUCCAGAUGGGUGAGAAAAGAAGCUAUCCUGCAGUAGUUUUAUCCAUAUUGUUAAAUUCUGCUGAUUAUGUCCUCAUUAAAAACCCUUGUGAAACAUUUUUAAAAC